CAUUACAAACACUUUCGAAGGAGACUUUUAAUAAUGGGAAAUAAGCAAGGAACUGCGUCCGUAUUUCAAGACGAAGAGGAUGAAGAAACGUGGUUUGAAUGGAUGGAAGCGACGGGCGAUCGUAGAAAUCAGAAAAGGUUGCCCAUUUCCCCAUGUUCUGAUCUACUGGCGGUUCAUGCGGUUCAACCGAUGUCUCUUACACCUGGCGUGACCGAUACGGCGAGAGAAGCAAAACAAAAAUACCGCAGUGAAGCAAAAGCUCUCAGUGGACUCUAUUUAGCUAGUGCGAAGAAAGAGAACAUUUCGGUCGACCCAUCGUUUCGCGGUGAUGCGAAGAAUAACAACUAUUUACUGAAAGUUAGAGAAGGCGAAGAAGACGAAUUGGACAUGAUGACGGUUGGCCAGGUGAGUGUAGUUAAGGAAAGAGAACAGGGAUUAGAAGAACCGUCGUCACAGUUCACAAGUCAUGCAAUAGUUCUUGUUUUGAGUUUGUCAUUGCAAUCCAUUCAAUCGUCUGUCGAUCCAUAACCAUAUCAUAUCCCUUUUGGAGUCUCGUCUCAUUUCAUCUUUGUUCUAUAUGACCAAGAAAAUGACUGAUUCAAGACACGGAGAGGUAACUUAACGGACCAAAUAUUCUUAUUUCACUUUUUCAAACUGAAAACAAAAAUCUCUGCGAAACAAAUUCUGCAUAAUAAAAAGCCUCUCGAUAACAACCUGUCAAGUUGUUCGCUUGUUUACCAAAAAAUAAAAUCAGUUCAACUGAAAUUUAUGUAAAAAAUAAUUCGACAAUUACGAGGAAUGAAGUGCUUUGCUCGUUCUACGGCACCUAGCUGUUAUAUUGUUUUAGGUUGUUUUUCAAACGUGAUUUUUUUGGCUUUCUGGCUCUUGACUAUGCAGAACAAGUGGUACACCAAAAAAAAGCGAAAAUAAAAUAUGAAUCGGCUUUACUAAACGACUACGUCAAUGAAUGGCAAUGGGUUAAAUGGGACUUUUCAAGCUUUUGCUUCAAGACAGACAUAUCUGCAUUAACGAUAAUUAUUUCUUGUUUUAAAGUGCCAGCCAGAAAAGAAGCUAAAUAGGAACCGCAAAUCGAGAUUUUUUUUUCUUUUCGUUUCACAUGCGAGAGUCGCUGUUCGAAUGACCGAUUGUAUGAACCAGUCUUUCAAGAUUAUUCACAACGAAAGUGCAUGACUUUUACAAAUAAACUGCAGCAUAAUAGACUUCUUUGAGAGUCAUUUAGGCGUAUAGGUCCCUUAACAUACAGUUAGAGGUGGGUAGGGGGUUUAAGAGCCGUAUAUUCUUUCAAAUGGAUUAUCAACAUGAAUCAAUAAAUCAAAACGAUGAAAAAUUUUUUCAUAAAAUGUGAUAAUGGGAUAAAGUUUUACUUUCUUUCAUAAAAGCAGCUUCUCGAAAGCAAGCUUAGCAGACCGUUUUUAAUCAAUUCUAUUGCAUACACGAAAAAACAAAACCUUAUUGUUUAAAUUAAGCCACGUCUACAGCCCUUAUAUUUGCUUGGCAAAUAUUUUGGGUAGUUUUAUUUAGGAUAACAAUAAGUUUAAAAAAUUAUAACUCGCAAAUGUGCAGUCCUAAAUAUCAUUUUAAGUGCUAUUAAGACAUCUUUAAUGAAUCCAACGCGAAACAAUUUUUUCCGGAAAUAGAAGCAGACAAAUAUCGCUAAAGUUCUUGGCAAAGUGAAAAAUCAAGAUUUCGGCUACCUAUUUCUUGUACAAAUACGAGUAACGUUAGUGCCCUUCCUGAACAAAAAUGAUUAUACCGUGUGUACUGAUAAUUACUUAGACUUCUCAAGAAACUGGGGACGAAUACAGUGACUAUGAAAUUUUACAUUGUUAAAUCAUUUCUAACAACUGCUUUUAUCAUUCGUGAUGUCAGAGAUGUCUUUACCUUGUAACUAGGUUGCGCUUGCCUGGGGCGAUUUUUCUCAUGCAAAUAGGGCUUCAUGAAACAAAAAAGGUGUUGAUCAUCAAAGAGUUGACAGGAAAAGUGCGCGUGCUGAUUUUGGUCAACAGUUAAAAUUAUUUAGCGCCUUUCAAAGACGCUGAGGUUAAUAAUUGUUUAGAGAUUAUUUUGCUAAACCAGCCAGCCCCUAUCACAGAGCUUUUCGGAAACACUCGAACGGCUACGGAGUGGGGAAAUAGAGCUACAUCUUCAUAUCAACAAGCUAUCUCAGGAAAAGGAAAAAAGCCCCUCGGAGUAAAAUGGUUGCUAUUAGUGAUUUAAAGUCCUAAUUCACCCACGUAAGAUCCUUUUUAUUUUUCUGGGUAGGUGCUGCCAGAUUUCCCAGCCGGGGAAGUGAAUGUGUCUCUUUUUUUCGACAAAGCAUCCAGCCGUCUAAAGGUAAACAUUGUAAAGGCUCGCAACCUCUGCUGCAAGGCCCGAGAGGGGAAGAGACAAGACCGAUGUGGCGUAAGUUGUUCAGGUAAUAUAAUAGUUUUUAUUCGUUAUUCAUUGUUAAGACUAGUCCUUUGAUAUAACCCAGCACAUUUUAUUACCCAUGUUUGUUUUUUUUUUCUUUUAAAGGGAAAUUUAUACACUAAAUUUUGGCAAAGUUCGACAACAUGGUAUUGAAUUAAGUUAUUUUAAAUCACUUAUUGAAUUCAAUCAUUUUCAACUUGGGACUAACGCAUGUCAAAAGGGAUCGGCACAGAGAUUGAUGGUUAGACAGGGUUUGUCGCUUCCAAGGGUUGGUUUGAGUGCCAAGCUUUCAACUUCUGAAUUUUCUUUAAAUAGGAAUUCACCCCUGAGGAUCAAGUCAAAUCCAAUUUAGAUAAAAAAGGACUUGCACCAAGUGGCCCACCCAGCUAGAGCUUAUCCUAGUCCUAACAGCAUCACACGACAAGGAUCAUUACCACUCUCCCCUAGACGGGAUACCCCCCCCCCCCAGCACUUAAUAAGCUUCACUGACAAUGGCCGGUACCCGUUAAAACUCCUAAGCGAAAAGAGGCAUUCAUAAAGUAAAGUGUUUUUCCUAAAAACACAAUACAAUGAUUCAGCCAAGUUUUGAUCCCUGACCUCUCGAAUUUUUAACUUGCAGAUUUGUAUAUAAACGUGCUACUGUUGGAGGGACAAAAACAAUUGGAGUCACAUCGAACAUCGAAGAAGAAAGGAAGCACUGAUGUAUUCUUCUACGAAAAUUUUGCGUUGGACCUUACUUCUCUUGACGUACGUCAGAUAAUUUUGCGGUUGACCGCAAUGCAUUGUUGUAAAUAUGUAAUUAACGCUGAUCACGUGAUUGGUCACGUGGAUACGAACGACAAAUCAUGGGGUUCUUCUUUCAGCUCUCAUUGGGUAGAGGUAAUCACGUCUCCAGGAACGAACGUGAAUAGAUGGCAUACUCUAUGGUGUUAAAAAAAAGAAAAAAAAAGAAACCAGAGAACACACCUUUUUUGAUGGCUCAACAUAUAAUAAGCGAGGAAGUCUUGCGAGUUGCUUUGUAUUUUUUGAACCCUUAAGGGAUUGGGAAAUACGAGCCAUGAGCAAUAUAUCCGUUCAUUUUAUAUGUUAAACCAUCGAAUAAGGUGUAUGUUGCUUAUUUUGUGCGGUCCGUUGCCCUAAUAUGGUAAAAUUUGCGUGAUGGUGCAAUGAUAAGUAGGCGUACGGCCUUGAUGAAACCGUUGUUAUAAAGACUACAAAAAAAAGGAUAAAAAUAAGAAAGCAAGGAUAAAAAAUAAGAAAGCAAGGAUAAAAAAUAAGAAAGCAAGGAUAAAAAAUAAGAAAGCAAGGAUAAAAAAUAAGAAAGCAAGGAUAAAAAAUAAGAAAGCAAGGAUAAAAAAUAAGAAAGCAAGGAUAAAAAAUAAGAAAGCAAGGAUAAAAAAUAAGAAAGCAAGGAUAAAAAAUAAGAAAGCAAGGAUAAAAAAUAAAGUUUAACACAAAUUGUGGCAAUCAAAAUAGAAUUAUUAAUUUAAAAACUUAUUUUUUUUGCGUAUGUGCAGCAUUUUGGAUACUUAAUGUCAACGAUUGUGUGAUAUUCCUGGUUGGUUCGAUGGCGAAAACGGCCAUUUUUAAGUGCAAUUAACAGGUAAUAUAAAAGUGUUACUUCGGGGGGGGGGUUGCCCGUUACUCCCCCCUCUCUCUGUUGAACAGUGUGACCCACUCAUUUGAAAAAUCCUGGCUACACUCCAGUUACAAAAAGGGCAAAAAGAGGAUAUUUAAAGUAGAGACUCUCAUGAGGAUGACAAAACAUACAUCGUUUAAGAGGAGGCCUCCAUCACCAGAAAUGGUUUUCAUGGGAUGAUCUAAUUAAUGUGACAGACAAAAAGUAAUUCAACCAGAAAGCUAUAAAAGUGAGAAUACAUUAAAUAUAGAAAAAAAAUUAGUGGAAGAUAAGUCAGUUUUAAAGAUGACACGAGGCAUCGGUAUUUUUCAUUUGUUUGGCAGGAAAGCCUAAUCGUUCAAAGCUCUAAAUAUAAGGUGUGUCUUUUCAUUCAGUUCAUAGUUAGGGAAGUCUUGAUAACAUUACAACCAUGUAGAUGACUUUAAGACGUCGUAAAAAUAUCAAAUUUAUACUGGAGCAUCUCCCUUAAUCGCAUCUUGACCAACAAAACAUCGAUUCCAAAGAACACAG